GUUGUGUGUUGAAUCUGUUGAUAUAUUGCAAAAUGUGUAUUUUAGAGAGCUAGAAUUUUGGGGUUCAAAACUUUGGAGUGUCUGCUGUAAACAAGUCCUGCAAGGUUUGCAUUGUGUACAACAAUGAAGCCGCUUCAGCUCGAAAGGCUGAAGCUUCCAAAGGGGUCCAAGCUUCCCAAAACGCAGAAGAAGAUGGUGAUGAAUGAGCAGGUUGUGAUCAGGUUGGGUGUGCAGUUGCAUUUUAUAGUCCUAGGGAAGCAACCCCAAUUUGAAUUGCUCAGUGCCAACCUUUGUAGUGUCAGACUGCUAGAUUACUGAUUUCAGAGCUUUCUAUCCAGGCUAGCUUUAUUUAGGUAACUUUAAAGUUGCCCAGACAAUGAUACAAUUAUGUUGUGAGUUGUGACUAGUGUAUUGUUAUAUACUUUUACGUUUAACGGAUUGAUACCCAAUUCCUGCGUAUAUUGAGCUACGUUGGGUUGCCCAUUACUCAAGCUUCUGUAGCGUGAUGCUACGCCAAUGUGCUCGCGCGCGUCAUAGAACCUUCACCUCAAUCAACAAUCCGGUUGUUCCCACACCUCCCAGCCUCAACAUGCAAAGGAACAAUCUUCUCGGCGAAGUAGAGGCCCUGGCCACGCGCGGCCAACUCAACGAAGCGCUCUCACUCUUCUACACUCUUCAACCGCCACCAACUCAAACUCACUCCAACCAAACCUACGCCACUCUCUUCCACGCAUGCGCUCGCCACCACUGCCUUCAACAAGGCCUCUCUCUGCACCAUUACAUGCUUGCCCACAACCCCAUCACUCCUCCAGACCUCUUUGUCUCCAACCACCUCAUCAACAUGUACUCCAAAUUCGGCUACCUAGACCACGCCCGCCAACUGUUCGUUGAAAUGCCCAGAAGAAACCUCGUCACCUGGACCGCUCUCAUUUCCGGGUACGCACAGCGGGGUCGGGCUGUAGCUUGUUUUCGUUUAUUUGCUGCCAUGUUGGCGCAUUACCUCCCGAAUGAGUUUGCAUUUACCAGCGUGCUUAGUUCGUGAUGGUGGAUAUGGCCGGCAGGCACACGCCCUCGCUUUGAAAAUGUCUUUGGAUGCUUGCGUUUACGUUGCGACUGCUCUCAUUACCAUGUGUAGCAAGGUGUGCGAUCAUGGAGGUGUGUUUGAUGUUAGUAGAGACGAGGCGUGGAAGGUGUUUCGAAGCAUGGAAUCCCGGAAUCUUAUAUCCUGGAAUUCCAUGCUCUCAUUUACCACCAGUGAUCACCAAAUUUUGUUAUCAACUGCAUUGUCACACUAAAAAAGAAAAGGAAAUUCAGAACAUCUUCAUUUCUUCCAUGCUAAAAAAUGGCGUGGUUCACAAGACAUAAACUAUUUGAAAUAGCAUGCAGACAAAUAGCCAGCCGGCAUGGUAAGGAUCACAAAAGAUGCUCUGGUGUUGGGCAGUUGCUUAUGAGAAGGGUAAGGAUGGGUUACUCUCAUCAAAGACCCUCUAUCAGUCUUAUGUCGCCGUAGACCUAUCCGUCAACCAACAGUUUUGUCUGGCUGGCUAGAUCUACAGGAGGCUGAGGGAGAGUUUCAGUCUUAAAUACUAGGGGUUCAAACAAUGACGUCAACUUGGUCUCCCCGUCAACGAUGGAAAUACGAUGUUUUUCUAAGCUUCAGAGGGGAAGAUACCCACGAGACUUUCAUCUGCCAUCUGUAUCGUGCACUAACUGCGAGAGGAAUUAUAACCUUUUUAGAUGACGAAAGCCUGGAGAGAGGAUCAACCAUUGGCCCAUCACUUUCUACAGCAAUUGAGGACUCAAGAUCAGCCCUGGUCGUUUUUUCAGAGAAUUUCGCUUCUUCAUCUUGGUGCUUGGAUGAACUCUCGAAGAUUCUUCAAUGCAGGGAAGAGAGGGGACAAAUAAUCUACCCAAUCUUCUACCAAGUGGAUCCUUCUGAUGUGCGCAAGCAAAGGGGAAGUUUUCAGCUCCGUACAGUAGAGGUAAGGGAACAUGAAGAAGUUUAUGGGAAUAAGGACAAACUAAAGGAGUGGACAGAUGCUUUGAGAGAGGUGAGCAGGAUUGCUGGGUGGGAUUCGAGUACAUAUGAGGAUGAUGGAAAAUUGAUUGAGGAAAUUGUGAUGGAUACACUAACAAGUCUACGUGAUACUUAUACCUCUUCAAGUGUUGACAAGGGCUUCAUAGGAAUGGAUUCCCGCAUUGAUGAUUUGUUGCACAAUUGUAUUUGUCAACAGUUUGGUGGUGUACGUAUUAUAGGCAUACAUGGGAUGCGAGGAAUAGGCAAGACAACACUUGCUCGAGCUAUUUAUGAUGGACUUGCUCACGGGUUUGGCAGAAGCUGCUUUCUUUUAAAUGUUAGAGAAAAAUCUGAAAAGGAUGGCCUAGUUUCUUUACAAGAAAAACUACUUUCCAGAAUCCUGAGGACAAAAGUUGACAUUGAGGAUGAAUAUGCAGGAGCUGCUAUGAUAGAAAGGCGGUUAUGUGAACUAAAGGUGCUUGUUGUUAUUGAUGAUGUGGAUCACUUCAAUCAAUUAGAUAAAUUGGCUGGAAGUCGGGACUGGUUCGGUCCUGGGAGUAGAAUUAUUGUAACCACCCCAGAUAUUCAUUUGCUAAGGGGACAUGAUGUUGAUGCUACAUACAAGGCUACUGGGUUAACUGAUGGUGAAGCUAUUCAACUAUUGAGUUUAAAGGCUUUCAAGAAAAGCUUCCCACCAGAAGAUUAUUUGGAGUCGUGCCAUCAUAUUUUAGGGUAUGCUCAGGGCCGGGGCUUCCCUUGGCUCUUGUGGUUUUAG